AUGUCUAAAGAGCGCAAGCCGGUUCUCAUAAUUGGUGCUGGAGUUGUGGGCCUUGUACUUGCUCAUGGUCUCAAAAAGCUUGGUAUCCCUUUCCAAGUCUACGAGCGCGACAACCACAUCAGCUCUCGCGGUCAGGGCUGGGCCAUAACCCUUCAUUGGGUUCUUCCAUUCCUGAAAGAACUCCUGUCCAAUGACACCUUCAAAGACGUCGAAUCUGUUCAAGUUGACCCAGAAGCCGACCGCCAAGGACUUGGCAAGUUCGUUUUCAUCAACCUUGAAACACUUGAGCCGAAGUUUCUCAUCCCGCCUGGAGAUCGACGACGAGUCAACCGCGAAAAGUUGCGAAACGUCUUACUCAAAGGUGUGAGCGAUCAAGUAUUGUGGAAUAAGCGCCUUGACUCCAUCCAAGAGAAUGGCGACGAUGUUAUAGCAUUAUUCGAGGAUGGGAGUAAAGCUGAAGGAUCUCUCAUAGUGGGAGUUGAAGGCAGCAACUCGAGCACACGGAAAUUCUUGCUACCAGACUCUUACCGGAAUAUUCAACUACCAAUACGAUUUACAGGAGCUGCUCUGAAUCUCACACCAGAGCAAGUAAAGCCACUGAAAGACAUUGAUCCUCUACUCUUUCAAGGAUGCCAUCCCUUGACAGGUACUUUCUUUUGGUUCAGCAUGCUAGAAACACCACAAGUCAACGGCACCGCAGGAACAGAUAAUGAACAUUAUCGUGUCCAGGUCAUGAUAUCGUGGCCUUUGAAAACAUCUGAUGAUGAGGUGAAAGCUACAGACAAGGAACGCUUGGCAUACAUGAAACAACGAGCAACGGAGUUUAACCCAGUGCUACGAGAUGUUGUACACGCCAUCCCUGAGGGUUCCGAAGUCCUUGAGAUUGUCCUCCAGGACUGGCCGUGUCCUUCUUGGGACAACCACAAUGGCAGAAUAACUCUUGCUGGAGACGCUGCUCACGCAAUGACCAUGUAUCGAGGCGAAGCCGCUAAUCAUGGGAUUCUAGACGCAUAUCGUUUGGCCAAGGCUCUAGAAGCCAUGUAUCACCAGGGAAAGAACCCCAAAGAAACUGUCGACAACUAUGAGACAGAGCUUAGGGAGAGAACCAGUGUUGCUGUCUUAUUGAGUCGACAAGCCUGUUUGGACGCACAUGACUGGGCAGAGUUGAAUGAAAAUUCGGCUGUCUUAAAGAAAAGGGCGAUAGCCGGUGUUUAG